UGUAAAAGAUGUUCAUUUAUUUGUAAGACUUUCUGAGGGUGGGUUUAAAUUCAAUCUUGAAGCUAGAUAAAAAGUUAGCAUAUAUAUUUUUUAAAGCCUUAUUUAUUUAUUGUAUUUGGUCUCCACAGGUUUGACAGCACCUUUCUCAGCCUGCUGGUCACAUUUCUCAACCCGGGUAGAAAUGAGAACUCGCUCAGACUCCACGGAUUCGGCGGGCUUCAGCCACAGCCCCCCCUUGGAUGCAAAUGGGAGACCUGGGCCGGGGAAGGGGUUGAAGAAAAAGUUUCAAAAGUUAUUCGGAGGCAGCAAAACUCAAGCCAAUUCUCCUGCCAUCUCCCCGACUAAUGGACAGCACUCACCUGUUGAAGAGGAGCCGCAAAACGUGAUAUCCACAUUUGAGCAAUGCCUCGAGGACCGUCGCUUGUGUGAGGCCAGCCAACGGCUGAUAGAGAGAGAGGAACGUCUGUUUGGGGAGAUAACAGACGCAGAGGCAGUCAAACAUCAGGAGGAAGAAAUAAAAAGGCUUUCUGCAGACCGCAAAGUCCUGGAGGAUCUCAUAACGCAGAUUCUGAAACAAUCCCUCAACACAGAAGUCAACAUUGAGGCUCUAACAUCUGCUGUGAAGGCUAUCUGCCAGGAGGAGGAGCAGGACCAGCUGUGGAAGCAGAGAGGUGGGACAUCGCCAGACUGGAGGCCGAGCGAAUGGAAGAAGCUCCAUGACUCGACCCUUUCCAGCUUGGUGACGGAUUACAUGGAUAACCCCACCACCUCCAGUCCUCCUGCAGACAAUGUGGUGAAUAGGUCAUCUCUCCAGGUGGAUGUCUGUGGAAUGGGCAGGCAGCUGAAGCAGGACCUGCAGUGGGUGGUUGAUGUGGUAAAGACCUGCUACCCGCCAGAGAUGCACAUCUGUAAUACCUACGCCAGGUGGUACCAUCAAUUCUUCAGCGCCAGACUCAGAAAGAUCGCAGAGUUUGGUCUAGGAGACAAGGACUGCACUUUCCUCCUGCGCUGGGUGAACGAGUUUUAUCCAGAAAUCCUUCAGAAGUUGGCCGGUGAGAUCGAUCAUGAAGCUUUGGGGAAACUGCUGCCUCAAGAUUUACUGGAACCCCUGGAGGAGCAAUACCUGACCAAACAACAGAGUGAGCUGACAACUUUCAUCGGCCGCGUCCUGGAGGAAGCGCGGGAAAAAUGGGAUAAAGGAGAGAAUCCCGAAAGAGAGGACGGCUGCUUCGUCAGUCCUGUUUCCUAUGACAUCAUUCAGCUUAUCAAUGGGAUCGUGUCUGCAGCUAUAAAAAUUGUGUUAGAUCAACGCAAGGCCCAGAAUCUAACACGGCCACUGAAAAAUUUACUAGAAAGGUUCAAGACCUUUCAAGAUGACAUCAUGAAGCAACGCAAACCGAACAGCAAGCCGUUCAUCAAGGCGAACCUCGGCUGUGUCAAACAGUUCAGGGACGUCCUUGUUACGAGGCGCCAUCUGUUCCCGGAGGAUGUACGGGAAAGCUGUUUGUCUAUCCUGAAUGACAUGAAACAAUCUGCCCACACGUACUUACUAAGCCCGGUGCACGAGAUCCUCAAGCCACAUUACCGCAAACUGGGGAUCAGUGACUGGCUGAAUAAACCAGCGUGGUUUGAUAAUCUGCUGCACACCAUUGAACAAGAGAUUGGGGAACUUCAAGGUUCAACUGAAGCGUGUCACCAGGAGCUGAUUGGCCAGCUUCACCAGGAAGUGAUAGUAGAAUAUGUGAGGAGGCUCCUGAAAGGUGAAGUCAAACUAAAGAACAAGGAGCGGGAAGAGAAGGCCUACAAGACUGUGAAAGACAACGCAGAGAGUUUGCACAGUUUAUUCAUGAGACAGGGAUCAAAGGAAGACUGGCUGAAGGAAAUCCUGAACAAGAUUGCCGAAGUACUGAAACUCCAAGACCUUCCCGCCAUCCAGAUGGAAGUAGUAUCACUGGCAGCUUAUUGUCCUGACCUCAGUGGAAAACACGUUUCUGCUCUGCUGAAGCUCAGGACGAACCUCACCAAGGCCGACAGGAAGACAGUCAAAGACACUCUGUCCGACACGCUGAGAGAAACCCACACGCUCAACGCUCAACGGACUUUCUUCUCCAGAGUUCAAGUCAAAUGAGACGAUCACUCCAGUCCAUACGUUCUUCUUCUCA